GUGUAUGUCAGUUUGACGGAAGCCGUACGUCAAUCUAUUUGCAUUGAUUAAAUUUUCAAAACACUGUUCAGAGUGUCCGACCCCGCGCAACCACCGCUAAAAAUGUCCGACGUAAACUUCUCCGCCCGUGCCUACUGCAAGAUCAUGCUACACGCGGCCAAAUAUCCGCACCUGGCCGUCAAUGGGCUGCUGCUCGGUGCCAAGGGAAGCGACCAGAAGGUGGUCGACGUGGUUCCGCUGUUCCACCAGUGUCUGCAUGUGACGCCGAUGGCCGAGAUCGCACUGAUCCAGGUGGAGGCCAAGGCCACCCAGCAGGGCCUGCACAUUCUGGGCUACUACGCGGCCGCGGAGAACUUCUACGACAACCACCUGGAGAAGGCGCCCGGGGCGCGGCUGGCGGACAAAAUUGCCGAGAACGUGAGCGGGUCGGCGGUGUUUGCCGUGGUCGACAACCGGGCCCUCUCGAUCAACAUGAACUACGCGGCGCUCAAGGUGUGGCAGAGCAAGGAGUCGCGCUGGGCGAAGGCCCGCUGCGUGGUGGAGGACGCCAAGAACACGUUCGACGCGGUCAGCAAUCUGCUGCAGCGGGGCGCGAUGCGGGAGCUGGUCGACUUUGACAACUAUCUGGACAACACGGAGAACGACUGGAGCAACGAGCACUUUAACCGCGAUCUGCCCCAGCUGCUGGCGAUGUAUUAAGCAUUUAGAAAAAAAAAAUAACUUUGAAGCGGGACGAAUUUUAAAUAUAAUUUAUUUCUUUUUGCGCGGUAGGAUGUGUUUAUCGUUUUGUUAGCUGAAAAAUAACCAAAAAUAUAACCAUUCCAGCGUGGUUUUCAUGGCCCGGCUGGCAUAAUCUAA